AUGAAGAUCUUCUUGAAUAUCAUUUUAAUCGCUGGUCUUAUCGCAAUUAGCAGUGCAUAUCAUAAUGAAAAAUGUGUAACGAUUCCACCUGAAGGAGAACUAACAUCAGAACCAACACCAGAACCUACACCAGAGCCAACACGAAUUGCAGAACCCUGUUUGCGAGAAGUUGAACUUUGCAAUGAAAAAGACUUUAAAAUUUGCACUGAACUUUAUAGAUUUUCAAAGGCAGGCUGUGCUGAAUUAACGCAGGAUAAGCACUUGUCAGCAAGGACAAAAGGACCAUAUAUGUGUGAAGUACAUUCGGGUACAGAUUGCCUUGGUGAAUCUGCUUUUGUAACUCAGUCUGGUGCUAAUUAUCCAUUCGAAAUACAAUCAGUAUCUUUGGUUUCGGACAGCUAUUUUCAUGAAAAAUAA